GUAGAAUGUCCAGGAUGUAAUGUCAUCGUUAGCGUAAUGUUGCCCCGCCUGAUACCCCUAGUUUUGUUACUAAGGACAUUGGGCACUCAUGGAGGGAAAAAGAGCUGCGGAGGUACCUAUACUGCUGCUAGAGGAAUACUACAAACGUCUAAUUUCCCAGGACCUUUCAACGUGCCAUUGGAUUGCGAAUGGGUGAUCGACGCUCAAUACAUGACAGAAGCCAACUCAUCCAUUGUCGUAUACCUGACCCAACUGUUCGUCUUUGAAGGCCUAACUUUCACUGAGUACCUACAUUAUGGCAACGGUUACAACAUCAACCCCAAAGUUAUCCAUACGGUCAACGAAACAAACAUCAGCAAGGUACGCUGGGUCCAGUCUUUCCAGAGCUUCCUGGUUAUACAGCUGAAGCUACCAUCCUUGGAAAGCGCGCACAUCAGAGUUUUGGAUAAGUUCUUGGAUGUCUUCGGCUUCAACGUCACUUACGAGAUCAACACCGGAGUUGUGAGGCCUAAUUCAUGUACGAUGAUGGACUGCGGAUUCACAGGAGUGUGCUACGAUCAUUACACGUAA